AUUUUGGCAAAAAGAUCACCUAUUGCCCACAUGUCAAGGCAGUUUAAAGACAACAGAACAACUCUCGUGACAGCCAAAUGGGUACUCACUGCUAAUGUUUGGUUUGGUAAACUUUAAAAAAAGGCUGUUUCUCAAGUUUUCUGUCAGUAUGGUCUGACACCCACUUCUUCACAGCAGAUUCAGGCAAUUAGUAUGACCGUGUAAUAGUUCGGAAUUUUACAUGCACAGUCAAGUCAUGCUGUGGUCCCCUUUAGCUGGUUACUCUUCCAGAUGACUUACUAAGCCAAGUACCAAAACAAUCUACAAAUAACUUCACUAGAGGCUAACUUGUUUGUCAAAGAGUGAAAAAAAAAAACAACCAACAAACAAAAAAAAAAUGUUAGAGCUCUGUAGGGUACCUGUUACAAUAAGACAUAAAACUAUGGAGCAUGUGCUCAACACUGGCCAGUUUGAGUCGAAUCAAGGUCAUGCAAUAAACUAUAUAUUUAUAUUUGUCUUUAGCAUAAUAAUUACACUACGUUAAUUCAAAAACAACGCUAGUUUUUUAUAUACUGCAUGUCAAUGCGCUGCAUUAGCCCACAGAGGUACACCACAGAAUUUAAAUAAUCUAAUUAGAUCCUGGUCAUAUAUCAUGAAAUCCUUCACAGCCCUUUGCAGUCACAUCCUGAUGUCAUAAAUCACCAUCCUGCUGGCUGCUGCCGUGACUGCCUGACUGCCAAUUUACCAUACAUCAUAUUCUGCAUCUGAGUCAGGGUAGAUUGCUGAAAUUGUACAGGACCACCUUCAGAUGGUUGAUAUGCAAAGAAAACACCUCUUUUAUUUGACCUCCAAGCAAAAACUGUUAAAAAUUUGAAUAACUUCAAUGACAAUGUUUAUUAAAACACACAGAGGUGAACUCCAGAGUCAUCUCACAAAUGUUUGACUAGUGUUAACCGUCAUAUAUUCGGAUACAUACUUCUCAUUUAAACAGCCAUGAAUUAGUGAAAUGAAAUGGGGCAAGAAGGUCUUACUUUUGCAACAGAAGCAUAUAAAAAAUUCUCCAUUUUAAUGUAACUCAUUUGUUUUUCACUUGGUCUUAGAUUUUGCAAACGGCAUUGACCCUGACUAACAAACAUCAGUGCAUGCUGAUGGAAGCUGCCCUUGUCACUCCUCACAAAGUAGAACUAAAUAUGAUCGCUUUUAACAUAAAUGUUAUUUGAAUAUAUCAUUUCUGUUCUGUCAAUAAAAAAGCAGAUGUUAUCAAGACUAUAGCCACAGGGAGGCAGCCUUGAGGCACCACUGGCUCCUCUGAUGACAGUUUUGACACAGAAAAAGGUACAAACUGGCCACUAACAAACAGCCUUAUCUGUUGCAUCCAGAUGCAGUAGUAAUAUACAGGUUCUCGUGAUUUCACUCUGCCCCUGGAAACACAUGAACUCAAAGCAUAAGGUUCAUCUAUGAACAGCACACAUGAGGAAUCCUCUGAGGUGCAGACUGUCACAGCUUUAAUUACACUCAGUGUGUGUGUGUGUGUGUGUGUGUGUGUGUGUGUGUGUGUGUGUGUGUGUGUGUGUGUGUGUGUGUGUGUGUGUGUGUGUGUCUUGUAUGAUAUGACAGAGGUAUGUGCUGCCUCCAAAGAAAGCCAAAAGAGCAAAUGCAAAGGCCCAGAGCUAAUUUAAAACACUCCUUUUCGCUUAAAUUGGAUGUUUAAUGUCAAAGACAAACUGAGAUUAACUCUCCAAUGGGGUGAUAUGCUGUCAGGAUUUUCACAUUAGCAUUCUGCAGGUGAGAGCACAGCAUCUCAAAAAGGUGAGAAACAGUUUCAACUGAUCAAAUGAUGAGGGCAAGUUUCAGGAAAAGUUAGUCGGGAAAAAAACAACAAAUUUGUCAUUUUAAAACAUAGUUAUCUUUAAAUUUAAAAUGCUAGAAUUCAUUAAAUCAUUGUGUCAGGCAUAAUAUCAGGAACACAAGACUGUCCUAUCAAGCUCAGUUUUCUACCUGCAUAUAUGUGAUUCAUUUUACUCCCAAAAAACAGUUGACUGUCCUUCAUAGGAGGUACAGUACAAUCACUUUAUCCACCAUGAUGGAACCUACAACCUUUAUUAUCUGCAGAGGAAGGUCCAACCUUUCCUGUUUUCCACCCUGAAGAAUUACAAUGCUUAGGCUGACUAUAAUGGGGUUACUUCUUUCAGAUUUCAUACAUGGAUUGUUGCUUAGUAAGAAAUGGAGUGAAAACGAUUUACUGACUGCAAAAUCCUGGUGACUUUAGUGAAACAUGUAAUUAAUGAUUAACCUUAUUUUAACUGUACAUUAAUGAGAUUUUUAACUAUUCUGCCCAUUUUUUUCUCUGGCAGACAGUCUUAAAAACAAAAUCUGAUCUUUCACACAGGUUGUGAGGCGCAUAUUCUUGCGUCAAAAUUUGACGCAAGAAGUAACCACUGGAGAAGCACAGAGCUCCCUCCGCGUGAGUGACAGCCCGGUACCACGGCCGCCCACUCUCAGACAGGCUGUGGUGACUCUUAAUUGUGUAACGUCCAUUGACGAGUCAGCACAAUGCUGCUGGGAACGACGAGGCGCACUUAGCCGAGCAGAUGCGAUGAAAUGCUCCCAUCGAGGAGGACACAGAUGGACAGCUUAGUUCAGCCGCUCGUCGCCCAGUACCUCGCCAUGGGAUGCCAAUCAAAAGAGAACAACCAAAACGAAAGUACAGCGCCGGAUGAAAAGGGAAAGGACGAGACGUAAGUCGAUAAAUCUUCCUAAUGAUGAUUUGUACCGGAAAGGGGUAACGAAAAUGCGCGUGCUGUAUUGUUAAUUUUUAACCACUUCAUUUCGAUGAGCGGAGUUUGUUUCUAACUCCAGUUAGAGGGCUGAAUAUACAGGUGUGUCCUAUUCCGUGCCCACGCUGUGCGUAAAAGUGAAUCGCUACCAAAUUGUUGUGCGCAAAAACGCGCAGUAGUUAGCACUGAUUUGUUCCUUUUGAGCUAUGUUUUAGUCAAAUUCCUCCUUGUUUUCUGGCCACCCAAUAGUUCAAAGUGGAUGUCCGCAAUCAACCAACCGGUAUUUCCCCGAGUUAAAGGAAGGAAACGAGAACAAUGAAAGGCAAAAUCCCAGUUCAUUGGGGUUGUCUUUCAGUCAAAACAAUGGCUGCAUUUUUUGAAACUUUAACAAUCCUCGAUUUAAAAUAUAAAUGGUUAAAUAGGAUUAUGGUUUUAACACCUGUGCAUAUGCACUACAUAUUUAUGUGCAAAUUGAGAAAUGCACACUUUCAUUACUCAUCUCCCUCCUCUCAAUCACUCGCUUUUGUUUGUGUUUGUCAAGGAGAGUGAUUCCAGGAUGUGGCCCCAAGUCAAAAGUUUCUCCUCCAGGCCGCCCUCACAGGUUCCACAAACCCAGCCCAGCCCAAACCAACCCAGGGAAAUCCAUGAUGUCUCUGGGACACCUCACCAAAGGGGCCAGCUGGGAAGAAAUCAUCCAGGCCUGUCUGCAAUCCUUUGGUGAGUGCAUGCUUCAUUGUUACCUGUGCUGAUUUUCCCAGGGUUGAAUAACAUAUUGAUGUAUAUGUUUAGGUUUGCGUUGCACUGCGAUCCCACAGUUCUUAGAGUAUCAUGUUCGGAGUUUGUCUCAUUUUUCUGCCAUAUUUAUCUCUGUUGUUGAGAAACAAUAAGAUAAGAUGCCUUUGUGUGAGAACACGCACUGUUGUUGUUUCCCAGCAGCCACAGUUUUUCCCAUCAUGCUGCAAAUCUCCGACAAGUUUGGGCAGGCCUCUCUGUACAAGCCUCGCUUAAAAGAAAGUGAAAAGGAUUUUCUAUCAGAGCUGGGUUUAGUUUCUGUUCAAUGCAGAAAUUUAUGUUUUGAAGAUGAAAUCACUCCCAUUGAUUCACGCCUUUUUUGUCUGAAAAUGUCACUUGAUAGUUGCUUGUGUAAAGAUUUUCUCUAGAGUCUCUGGCUGCAGUGUGUUUGUCAGUUUUUCCCCGUAUGCAUAGUAUUGAGAGGUUUUGUAAAUGAGUGAAAAGAACAGCAGUGAUUGAGUAGGUUGUAGUUGGAUCAAUCGAGCAAAUAUCAUUGGCUUCAUCAAGUUGUCUUGAGUGCUCUCAGAUUUAUGGUGAUUGCAUCUCUGAAGAGACAAGCUUUCAAAUUGUCGUUGCCUGGUUACAGAAAUGGAGCAAAAGCAGUGGAGAGGUAUUACAAUGGGUUGCACAUAAAAUGACAUCCUGUAACUCCAUUUAUCUUUGAGGGUGGAACCAAGACCACCAUGUGAUGGUCUUAUGCUUUAUUUAGAGUCACAGAGGAACAAGAAUAACCAAAGUUACAGUUAACAAAGUCAUUUACAGCAGUGUAAUACUUUGAUUUUUCUGGAAGAGUCCUACUGAUAAAAUGGAGCACAGUCCUGCUUCACUUUGGUCACAUCACAGGCAAACCACUAAGGUCAGCCAGUCCCAAACCUUUUCAAAUGUGAGAGUGCACGUAAGAGCUAUUUGAAGGAUUACCUGAUGGCAGCUUCAAGCCUAGCAGAGCUAAAAGGUCAGCUACCUAACAGUGGUCCUCAGAUGCUGGACAGCCUUUGAAAUGCUGAGAGUCAUGAGGAGUGGAUCAAUGAUAGCUGACAUCAUCACUGUUUCUAAAUUGUACUGCACAUUUACUGAACUGCAACAACCCAUACAGCAACCUAAUUCAUGCAUGAAGCAUACCUAAUACAUAUCAUUAACCAAAUACAUAAGAAAUCAAACAGGAUCACCUUACAGUGAGAGUUAAGGUGGUUGAAACAGCUUUUAAUCGAUAAAUCAGUCAUUCUCAAACUUCCACUGUUAUUUACUCCCUAACAGCUGUGUCAUUUAUUUGUUAAACUACGUAGUUAUUCUAAUUUUUUAUCCUGUACAAAUUGAAAUGAGGUCUUGCUCAUUUGGUUUUGAUUCAUUUUUGUUGACUAAUUCUGCCCGGACUAAAAAAAUACAUAGGGGUUUGCGAAAAUUUCAAUAAUGAUAUCAACAUAUUUUUGCUGAUAACAAUAAUUGAGAAUAAUUUGGUUCCUCAAAAAAGUGUAAAGAACUGUUUGAAAGAGUUUUGCAUGGCUCCCUUGUUUAUUAGUAUUAGAUGCUGUGAAUUUCAUUAAUACAAUCAUCAGAGCCAGGAUACUUUGGAUUCGGUACAAGCAACUUAUUUGAGUAAAACAACUCUUAAUUAUCAACUUCAAACUGAGUGAUUCAAAUAAUUACAAAUGUAAACACAAAUCCAAAAUCAGCAGAAAACUACCAACAAAACUAUAACAAGAGUGCGUUUUGGUUUUGCCAUUACUGUAGCUGAUUGGUCACAGUUUUCAUAUUUUUCAUAUUCUGUGCAGUGACCAAUUUGCAGAUGUUAGCUGUCUUUAAUACCAACCGCAUCUUUUGAGCCACAUCUGUCUUUUUUAAGCCAAUUCAUCUCCAAGCAAGUGUAAACAACCCACUUCUAGCAACUGAAUCUAACAAUGUUAACUCAGAGGUUGGUGGUGUUAGUAUUUUGUCUCCUGGCGCUGUUUGUUUGCUAGUUUUUAGCUUCAGUGAUGCAGGAAGCUCCACUAGCUUAGCUUGUUGUGAUGUGAGAACAUGCAAUACAGCCUGUCCUACUAGGAUUUAUCAUAUUAAUUGAAUGUGUGUGACCUUUACAGAUGUGUUUUGAUUGUAUUUUGCAAUGGGAGUGACAUUCUUGAUAUUGUCAUUUUACACUUAAUAUAAGGGACAAUUUUAUCUUUGGCAAUGUGUGAUUUACAACCCUGGUCAUACAUCAAAUCAAUAUCAUAUGAAAUAGCUCUGAGGUUUUUCAAGCCACUUCACAACUCCAGUACCUACAGAAUGAUGCCUGAUUUGAUUAACUUCCCAAUAGAACUGAAACCUGGUCUAUAAAGUUCCCUUUUCUUUAGAUUAUCAUGGAGAACUUUGUUCAGCCUACAGAGGGAUAACCAUCAAUCCACAUCUGAAAAUGGUCCCGCCAACACAAAUAGAACACGCAGUCUGAUAGGCUCUGUCAAAACAAGGAAAUGCGACACGCAGAGUUGAAGGGAUUGAUGAUAGUCCAAGAUAACCUUAGAAAAGGGCCAGGUGAUGAGUGCUUUUAGCAGAGUUUAUCACCAUACUGUAUCAUAGAUUUCCAUUGUAGCAGGUGGCAGCUUUCCUAAUGCUGCAGUCAGGAACAGACAGUCCAGUCCAGAGGGGAUUUCCUCUUGCAAUUAACCCGGCACGCGGAGGGUUAGUGGUUUGAGGGUUGUGAAAAAAGGAUGGGGCAAUUGUUCACCUGAUGGAGAGUCAUGACAUCUUGUUGUGGAUUAGCCUCGGGUCUGACCUGAUUUUUAGUAGACUGUAAACUACAACAUAAGAGUAAAGUUGUAGUUUUAAUGUAACAGGCUCACAGCUGAGUUUAGCACACUUAACAGGGGAAAGUAUUGCUUCAUAUCCUGCACAUACAUAUUUUUUUAACCACAUUCAAGUUUAGCUACUGAGCCAGCCCUACCAUUUAGAAAUCUUGGCCUCAUUUCACUUGUCUAUUUUACUCUCUUAUUGACUUGUCAGGUGAGGUCAUUAACAUUCACGGGAUUUAGCUGCAGGUGGCUGGAUGUUACAAACAGAAACACAACCCGUUCAGGAUAUGAAGGCUGGAUUAGUCAGCUGCAGCUGGAGCAGUGAGUUGCUUACAGAUAACAAAGAUUGGAAAACAUGUUGCCAUGGUGUCUGAAGUAUUUCCAAGGUGAUGUGGUGUAAAAGUAGGUCCACAAAUGCCUGAUGUCCUUGAUGGUGUCGAGAUACUGCCAGGGCUUAAGGGAAACAUUAUUCGAGCUUAAGAAUUCACAGUUGUCGUUUUCUAUUUGAUGUCUUCAUCUUUACAGACUGUGGGAGGAAGAUGUGAGCAGCCUGAAAUUUACUAUCAUACAUCCAAAUUUGAUAAACCACUAAUUCAUGGCAGGUAGCUGUGGUUUUAAGGUGAACAAAAGGUAAGUGUUGUGCUGCACUUCAGAAGGCAGAAGUUUUUUUCUUUUUUAUUUAAUGUAAUUACGGGUCAGAUCAGGCAUUGGAAAUGUUGAGUAAUAGUUUGUACACAUGAGAUCUAAUUUUCUCAAGUGAUUCACAAGCAUAGUUCUUGUGUUGUGAGUCUCAAGAUGUCACUGAUGAUGACGCGACAGAAAGGAAAAAUGGUCCGGUCACAAAGAGAGGAAGUAAGAUACAUACGCAAGGAAAAAGGAAGCAAAAAAGGUGGUGAGAGACGCAAGCGGUGGAGGUUCUCACAGUCAGAGGGAAGGACAAAUCUUUACAAAAUAGUGUGUGAGUCGUAUAACAAGCUGUAUUACAGUGUGUGCACCAGUUGGUGUUUUGCCUGGUUACUCAUAUGUACUGUGUCACCUGUUUGAAAUACUGUAGAUUUCCAUGGUUUUAACGUGAGUGCCUCAUAGUUGUUUGAUUAUGAAAAGACAUAACUGUAUUUCUCUUUCCCUGAUGUAGGACAGAAUUUGGUUAAAUGGAAUCUUUUUUUUUUUUAAUCAAACGAAUGAUCUAGGAAAGUCCUAACGAUAAUACUCUCUGGAAUAUUGUUUUUUUCUUUUUAGGCCAAGUCCAUCCAUAAAGAGUUUAAGGGCCAGUCAUAAAAGGAAUUGGAGAAAGAUGUAUCUUCAUUAUGCACUCAGAGCAUAUAAAAAAAGCUAUUCUUAUGAAGUGCUUACUAACAUUUACAAGUGUUCAUAGAAAUAUUAGAAACACAUCUUUUAUUAUUAGGAGUCAUAAACCUCAAUGGGAUGUUAAUUAACAAUUAAUAGACUUUAUCAGGGUCAAUUACAGAGCAAUGGACUAAGGCUACUUCAGCCUAAAUAAAGUUUAUGCAGGUUUUAGAAUUUAUAAGAUGUUUAUCAACAUUACUAUAACAUCAUGAGCCUUUAAUAUUAUCAUCACUAAUGUUUAUUAUUGCUCAUAACCCCCCCUUAUGUUAAAUUGCUUAUGAUGCAGUUGGAUCUAAAGUGCGGGGCAGUCUCCUAUUAAGACUAAUCAGUUCUUAUAAGUGUCUAUUAUAUGCAAUAAUAGAUGUGUAAAUUAUGCUUUAUGAACACCUUUAACACUAAUAAAUGUUUAUAAACUUUUAUAAAGGUGUUAUGUGACUUAUUAGCUAAUAUUUAAUGCCUAUUCCAAGUGAUUACACUUGACUUGACGCCUAUCUCUAUAAUGCAUAAUAAAUAUAUGUAUAAAGCGUAUAUAUGUAUAAUAUAUGAAUAAUCACGUUGUAGCACGUAUAGCUAUAGUUAUACACACUCAUAAAUUAUCAUUAUUAUGCUUUAUAGCAAUAAUCAUAACACAUUAUAAAGCAUUUUAUCAUGACUUACAAGAUCAGGUAUUACAAUGUGUUAUAACUGUUAACAACUCACUGACAAUGCCCACAUAGAUAAUGCAUUAUACAUAUAUUUAUGAUGUGUUAUAAUUUGCUUAUAAACUUGUAUAACUAUCAUUAUAAACACUUAUUAAUUAUCAUAAGGCUCUAUAACAAUAAGCAUAACACAUUAUUAUACCUGAUCUUGUAAGUCAUGAUCAAAUGCUCAAUAAUGUGUUAUGAUCAUUGCUAUAAAGCAUUAUGAUCAUUUAUGAGUGUUUAUAACUGUAGUUAUACAGUGCUAUAUUGUCAUCAUAAUGCAUUAUACAUAUAUUUAUAAUGCGUUUUAGAGAUAGGCUUCAAGUAAAGUGUUAUUCAAGUGUUUCAAAAAGUUCAAUUCUGAGUAAUAACACAACAGUUGCUCAUCCUAUAAAAGGCAUUUAUUUGUGUUAUCUAUGUAAAGGGAAAGAGAAGAAGAGAGGGCUGAUGUUUAAUAUUAGAGUUACAUCUUUAAAUAGCUGAAAGAAAACUUCUAUAAAGUUCCCUGAAGUUACUAGGAAGCUAAAGGUCAGUCCGUAAGUACUGUACAUGGUGGUUACAGAUUCACCUAACAAAGGAAUUUCCCUGCAGAAGGAUUUGUUUGUGUUUAUAUUACUGAUGUAUUGUUAACAGCGAUUAGCAUUGUUACAAACACUCGUAAUUCUGGCAUUAAAAAAUGAUCCUGUUUUUCCCAUUACAUGUUGUAAUAGUCAAAAGUUUUUGAAAGCUCUUUAUCAAUAAAUACACAGUUCAGGUUAAUCUGACUGCUUGUUUUAAUUACUGAGGUAGUGCAGAUGCAUAAAUGAAAAAAAGAUUCAAUACAUUAGUGAGAUACACGGUGAUGCAUUGUGAUUCUUAAUAUGCUUUAAAUGCACAGAUACACUCAUUGCAAAGUGAGAAGAAAGGUUUUUUUAUGAAUGUAUUUUUUUGCCUGUUACAGAGAUGAUUGGAUAUGUGACUCAAAAUCAUAAAACAAUUCAAACCCUGCUGUGAUCGCUUGUCUUCUGACCCUUUGUCUUGUAAUUUUCUCCACUGUGUAACCGCAGUGUUAGACUCAAAUGUUUGCAUUAUAUCUUGCAGACUCAAAUGGUUGUGUGUGUGGGAGCAACCACCUGUUGAACAUCAGCCUGACCAUGCAUCGUCUCCUCAUCUCCUCCAGUGAUCUGCUGGACAAACUCAUCACUCUAUAUCCUUCGAUUUGUAGACUUUAAGCUAGAAUCACAACACAGCAGGACCAUUCAAACUGGACAGUUGCCCGUGUUGAGCACCGAAUGUAACAUCAGAUGCUGCCUCUGCUUCAUGCCACUUUCCUCUGGUUGUCAACAGCAACGAGCGAUCAAGCUUGUACUUGGCUCACAAUGCAGCCUGGAGCUGUCAGUGUAAAAUGUGAUAGGCAAGUGGCAGUUCGUGUUUACUCCUGCUGUCAGCUACUGUAAACCUUCUGAAUCUCUGUCAGAGUAGAUUUCCUCCUUUCUUAGCAGAAAGGGUGUGUUACUACUUCUCAAAAUGUUUGAUUUUGUCUCUGUCAUUUCCCCCCCAGUUCACACCUUAAGAAAAGCUUGUUCCUUUUUUUUUUCUUUGAUUUAUUCGUUUUUCGCAGUGUCUCGUGAUUUUAGGCUACCAUUCAGGAAACAGCAGCGUCACAAAGCCUCUCAGAGGAGGUAAACGGCCUUACAAGCAGCAUCAGGGUUUCAGGUGUUAAUUACCUCUGCCUCUUUCACACACAAGUCCUCUUGAACUAUAUAUAAACACGGACUUUCUAUUGGUUAAAGAGAACAACGCUCAAAUGAACCCACGUCAGAGCACAACACCGAAUGCCCCUCUGCUAUUUUUAAGCCCCUCGUCCUGAUCCAAAGACCUAAAAGGAUACAUCAAAUACAUUCAGCUUGUUGGUAAGGAUCAGGGGAAGAGGCAUAGGGGCCAUUAACAGCCUUCUUCACAGUCUGGCCUUGCGAUCGCGUGGGCUGUUCUUCUGCUCCCAUGACGCAAAUAGCCUUUUUAUGUGCAUCACUUCAAGCUGAUUCCUGCCAAUCAGCAGCUUUUGUGUCAGUCUGUUUAUAGAAGCUGCUCUAAUAAAGAAGCACUUUUUUGUGCACUUAAUACAAAUUUAGAGAGUCGUGUUUUGUGGAUAGCAUGAGCAUAAAGGGGGAGAGAUCUACCACAGUGAUGAAUAAUUACAGGAUGUUGAUUGACACGUCUCCAGAGUCCUGCCAUCAAACAAUGCACACGAAUCAACAGUUGCAUCAACAGUUACUCUGCUGUAUAUGAGGCACUGAUUGUGUGUUUUCUUUUUACAUUUUGUUAUUCACUUUCUCUUAUGUGCCAGAAUGAUUCAGUGAUGCUCAUCAGAGUUUUGCUUCCUCCCACGUAACCAAAUGCCACUUCUGUGCGCCUUUUUGUUCAGUUGCUGUAGAUUUCAUUAAUGAGUUGUUUUGUUUUUUGUUUUUUUUGCUGAAACAGAAAGAAAAAAAAACUGUGUCCAUAUGUUCAUUUUUUUACUCAGAAAAUACCUGUCCUAAACAGUUUUAAAGAUCAGCAGAUUUUCCAACAAGCUGUUUUCACCAAAACAAAAGGGCUGCUAACUUUCAAGCUUAACACAUUCACAGCCAGUCUGCUCCUUAACCAAAGUCCAUACAUUUAAAACAGCCAUGGACAAUGAGCAGCCAGCAGAAUGCCAGAGGAUAUGCCACCUUAUCAGGUAGGUGUAACACACAACUACCCUCAUUAGCAUACACUGCAGGAGUCACAUGUUAUCACAUCUGGACUGCAGGCACUGGAUCCAGGAGUUUUGGAUCAUGUUCCGGUUGCACCACAGUUUGUCGGACAGCCUGGAAGAGUUCCGGGAGCUGAUCAGAGAGCAGGGCCAGGAGCAUCUUUGCUCUCUCCUAGAGACCAAAUGGAUGUAAGUGUUAAAUCUCUGACCAGCUGGCAACUGAGACAUUAGGCCUACACAACCCAUCAGUUGUUGUUUCCGUCACAGAAAAUACUCAAAUCAGUCACGAUACAGAGUUUGAAGGGUGAAUGACUUAACUUUGAGGUUAUAAACGUGAUAUCAAAUUUUUUUAUUUAUUUAUUUAUUUUUUAAAUCUAGUUGACUCACAACACAUUCAUCUGACAUUUGUGUCCUUGUAUUGAAGUGCAGUCAAAUUAACAUUACACAUUACAACUUCAUACCAAAUGAAAUAUUAAACUUUUUUGAGUUACCACAGUCAAGAAAUGUCCUAUUCAGCUGCAUAAAGCUACCUUUUUGGUAUUGUUUUAAGGUUACAUUUCCCAUUUGAACUCAAAGGUAACAGUGCAGCAAGUAGACCUGGGCACUUCCCACCGAGCAUUUUUUGGUCUAAAAGACGUCUCAAUGUAGCCUUGAUAACUGGUCUAAAACCAGGCUGCCACAGGUCUAAAAAUGAAAGUUUUUUAGAUGUCUAAAUUUAGACCAAGUUUAGACUAAAUCUAUGGGCUAUAUCUAUACUACACUGUAUAUUGCUCAAUGGCUAUCAUAAUUAUUUUGGUUAAGCACUUGGAGAUCAGUUAUGCAGCUCACAGUUGCUUUUUGAAUUAAAUAGUUAUAGAAUAAUGGGUUCAAGUGCAACAUCCAAAUUCAGUCUAAAAAUAUACAGAAUCUAGACAGUUGAAAUAAGGUCUACAAAAAAAAUAGAUGUCUAAUAGCCGUCUACUGCUCAGUGGGUUAGAUGGAUUUCAUUCUCAAUAAAAAAUAUGACUCCCCAGGAUCAUAAAAAUAUGAUACUUAAGACUGAGCAAUUUUGAACCUGUUGUGUAGCCCCUAUUACUUUCACUUCAUCAUAGGCCGUUCGGAUCGAUGUGAAACAAAGUUUGGGAGCACAAGGAAGUUGUGGCUCCAGCAAAGUUCAAUGGUAAACCGCUGUAUCUUCAACUUGUCGUGCAACAGCAGUACAAACUAUCAGCCAGCCACAGGUGGAGAGAGGAGAACAGGGAGAGGAGCAGGAGGGGGCAGGUGUGUAAAACAGAGGCUGUGGUGCCUACGAACUAAAGACAGAGGGGCAAAAAAGUGAAAUACAAAAAAGUACAAGCCCAUGCCUGUAAAAUAUGAAGAAUGUUAUAAAAAAACUUAAAUGGACUAACUGAUUUGUAAGAUCUGCAGCCUGUGAUAAAAUGUUAGUGUUUAAAGAGCUCAAAUCCCAUAAUUUUCAUCACACAGUGUGAGAAUAUUUUACUACAAGCGAAAUCUGGCACGUAAAUUAGUGAGAAUUAUCACCAAAAUUAAGUGAAAGCUCUGAAACUGAAGGGAAGAUUUGAUGCAUGGUCCUUUCCAGCGGUAGUAGAUGAUUUUCAUUAUCCAGAUACACAGUCAGUUAAGCUAGUUUACUUUCCUCUUAUUGGGUUUUCUGAGAAUGUGAGUUUAAAGAGUUUUUAAGCUGCAUGAAUUUGUGUGAUUUAGAUGUCGAAUAAUGGGUGAUCAUUUAUAAUAAUCCUAAUAUUUGUUUUAAUCAUUUUAAUGGUGAUUUUUUUCAUAAGCGGAAAUCCCAAGAAGCAAGCUACACAAACAAGAAUUAAUGGGCUUCGCUUUUCCUGAUUGAUAAUGAGGUUGUUUUGAUCUAGAAAUGAACGUGACUGGUCGUGGAAAGCCAGCCAGAAGAUCAAAGCGAACAGCAGCAAAAAGAGGAAGGUGUCUCUUCUUUUUGAUCACCUGGAGCCCAUUGAGCUCGCAGAGCAUCUCACCUUUCUGGAAUUUAAGUCUUUCUGCAGGAUAUCGGUGAGCAGCACUGUUUGUUUGGCCUAGACCUUUGUUUGCCCAAGAGAAAAGGCCUUUGGUAUCCAUGCAGCACUUAAUGCUUGUGUGUCUGUCCCCUGUGUCAGUUUGUAGACUUUCAAAACUACAUUCAGAAGUGCUGCAUGAAGGACAUCCCCGCGAUGGAGCGUUCCAUCGCCCUGUGUAACGGCAUUUCCCAGUGGGUUCAGCUGAUGGUGCUGAGCAGGCCGACUGCUCAGCUGAGAGCUGAGGUUUUCACCAAGUUUAUCCACGUGGCUCAGGUAGUGGUUUGAUUCACUUUCUGUUCCUGAUUCAGCAAAUGAGAGAAAUGGAACUAAUGUUUGACACAUUUCCUCCUUUAUUCAAUCUGCAUGCUGCUCACACGUCUUCUCCAACUAAUGGCUGUCUAUUGUCACACUUUGAGCAAUGCUGUAUGGUGGAUAAUUGGCACUUGUGUAAUGCAUAUUCACAGAUGGCUGUUAAUGAUUCUCAGGAGCCCUGCUGGGGGCUUUUAGCGUAUUUUUAAGAUCUUACUACUAGAAAAUUAUCAGUGAAAUCCAAGUAAAUGGAGUCAUCAAGAGGUUCACAGUCAGAGAGGAGAGAAUGAAAAGGAAAACUCAUGAGCAUAGUUGCUGAUCAGCUCUUGUUUGUCAAAGCUGCUCCAACGUAAAGGUGCAUGAGACCUGCUGAGAGGUGACAUGCCGGCGUUAGGGGAGCUCAUACUCUGAAGGACCUCUUGCGCUGUAACACUAAUGCACCAGUCUGCUGCUGCUCACUGCUGUCAACCUCAAAACCCACGGGUGUGGAAACAAAUUUCACACCAUAAUGCUCCAGUGACAGCACGAAUUAAAGAGCCGAAAAAAAAAGAGGGAAAAGCACUUCCAAAAAAAGAGUGUGAUAUCGGAGCAGAGUAAGAAAAAAGCAACAGUAGAAGUGGCUUAUGUAACUACAGUGUUGUGGAUUAUAUAACGAGGGCUACCUGGAACAAGUUUAAUUGUGCGUGCUCAUAUGUGUUUUUAAUGGAUGGACUGAUAUUAUAUGUUUUUGUUUGCCUCCACCAGUGUCUACACCUUAUGCACAAUUACAACACACUAAUGGCGGUGGUGGGAGGGCUUUGCCACAGCUCCAUCUCCAGGCUGAAGGAUACCACAUCACAUGUACCUAGUGAGGUCACCAAGGUAAACAAAACCUUUCUCUUAUGGGGUCUAGUGUUGUACUCGAGUCACCAAACCUUGAGUCUGAGCUGACAGAGUCCAAGUAGAGUCUUGGUACCUGCGUCUGAACCCAAAACAAGUCCUUAUUAUUCAUAUUUUUAAUACAAACAGGGUGGCUUUUUCAAUUCAAACCAUUGACUGAUCUUUUGGAUAAGUACAAAACAUAUUCUUUUAUUAACACAAGAUUGUAAUGAACCCAGUCUGUUCAAUUAUGAAGUUUUAGCACUGCGUGUCCUGCAUUAAUGCACACUGCACUUCACCUCAUGGGGAACACUCUCAUUGAUUCGACUGCAGUAGGAUCUCUGCAGGUGUCUGACAAAAUAUUAAGUACCUAAAGCUAUUAUUUGUGGGUUUGUUUUUAACAGAAGUGUUUCUGGAUAUUGGUAUACUUAAUCAUCUUUUUGUUGCACUGCAGUGGGCUGGGAGAGUAGUAUCUUAUCAUUUUUUAUGUCAUUUCUAUUGUCAUCAGUCUAAUAUCCCUUUUAGAGGACUGAAACUAUGGAAUGAUCUGGAUGUAUCUCUAAAAUCAAGAUUAUCCUUCAAAUCCUUUAAAAUAUCAUUGAAAUCACAUCUAAUCAUGUCUUAAACACGUCAUUAUCUGUUAUGUUCAUGUUUCUUUUCUUCUUAUGUUAUGUAUGCUUGUAAUUUCUCUAUCUCUGGUUGUGCUGGUUGAUGAUUAGUCAAUGUUAUGUUUAUGACAAUUUGUAUAUGUUUUGACCUUUCUCCACUUAUUGUAUAUUUAUCACCCGUCUAUGUCCUAAUUACUUUGUUGUUUGCACCCUAUGCCUUCACUGCCCUGACUGGAGGGGAAGUCUUUAUUAGCCUAUCAGCUUUUUUCCCUCCUUGCACUGUUUUUAAUCUGUGCUGAAUAAAUAAAUACAAAUUCUAUAUGGGGAUACAAAAGGAAAAUGACAAAAGUAAAGCGUCACAAAAUGAAAUCUUGUGUCAAGGUUCUUGACUCAGGUACUACAACACUGGUGAGGUCCAACCGAUAACAUCGCCAACAGAUCCCAAUGUUGAUCAGUGCAAAAAUAUCUCCCCAGGUACUGAACGAGAUGACAGACCUACUGUCCUCCUGCAGAAACUACGACAACUACAGACAAGCUUACAACAGAUGCACAGGUUUUAAAAUCCCUAUCCUCGGUGUCCACCUCAAAGACCUGAUUUCAGUCAAUGAGGCCAUGUCAGACUAUGUCGAGGACAACAAAGUAAACGUCCAGAAGCUCCAGGCGCUCUACAGCCAUAUUAAUGAGCUAAUCCAGCUCCAGCAGAUUCCCCCUAGGCUGGAUGCUAACAAAGACCUGGUCCAUCUUUUGACGGUAAUGCAUUUGGAGUUCCUUUUAUUUUUUAAUAGCUUUAUCUGAUUCACUGUAUUGUAUUGAAGAUGAGCACAGAUGCAAAUGAGCGUGUUACAGCAUGUGGAUUGUCCACGCUUGUGUGGGUGUGAUGAGAGUCUAUGAUCUAUGAGUGUGUGGGUGACAAACUGAGUGUGAAUGAGAGCGAAUUCAGAUUGCUGUAUUGUUGUGCUCUCUGUGUCCGGGGCUUUAAUCGCAUUUGAACGACAGAAUGCCCAUGAAGAGAUAAUAGUUACCCUGUGACCAUGUUUUGCCCUCAUGUUUCAAGGAGAAAAAUCUAGAAAAAUAGAGAGCUUGUUCUCGGUCUGUGUCCCUCCCAUGUGCUCACACAUGUUCUCUUCCUCCCCAUCAGCUGUCCUUGGACCUUUACUACACUGAGGACGAGAUCUAUGAGCUGUCUUAUGCUAGAGAACCAAAGAGCUGUAAAGCACCUGUGAGUUACACCAAUUCAAAGUAUAAAUUAACAAGUGUUUACUAGUUAGUUUUAAAGCUUUGAUUUGUAUAUUUUUGUAAUUAUGUAGAAGGUAGAUAAUAGGCUUGACAGCAUUCUGACAUCUGAAGUAACAUAUUUGCAGACACAAGACUAGUUUCCUUUUUUCAAUUGAACCUUUUGCGAGAGAGAGAAGAAGCAUGAUUUUUAAAAUACUGGAUUAAAAGAAGCGAAAGAUGCUUUGACUCUCCUAAUGGACUGUUUAUUCUUCUUCAAGAAAAGCAGGUUAAGAUUUUGUGUACCAGAAUUUAAAAGUAUGUGGUGUUUUUUAACAAACCUGUUUUUUUUUUUCAUCAGCCAGCCACCCCCUCUAGACCUCCAGUGGUUGUGGACUGGGCAUCAGGAGUGGCUCCGAAGCCUGACCCCCGAACUAUCAGCAAACAUGUGCAGAGAAUGGUGGAUGUAAGUUCUCCUCCAUGGAGCUGGACAGCUAUUAUAGACUCAUGACCAAUUAUUUUACCCAUACUUGUGAUACUGCCAUUUCUGAAAACCCUCUCAUGCAGCUAUUGUUCACGAAAAGUGGAACAACAAUGAUGUUUUCCUUUUUGUCUUUUGUAGUCCGUGUUCAAGAACUAUGAUCACGACGAGAACGGCUUCAUUUCUCAAGAGGAAUUUGAGAAAAUUGCUGCUAGCUUUCCUUUUUCCUUCUGUGUCAUGGACAAAGAGAAGUAAGUGUUUGGUGGGUCACGCACUCGCUCCGAGCUCAUGUGUGACUUCAGAGGAGAGGAAGACAAAAGUGGUAUAUUUGUAGUGAUGAGAGCAGCAACAGGAAACAUAAAAUAGCAACAGAGCUCACCAUAACACCCGCCGCUACACAUUCAUUUCUCAUGAACCGCGAUUCUUACAACCCACAGACAAGCGUGUGAUUUCUCUCAUCUAGACCCAAACAUGAAAAAAAUUAGCACGGAAAAGACAGCUUGUGUUCCAACAAUACACCAUGACACACUGGCACCUAUAGAUGAGGGGCUGCAGUCAUAAUUAAAGCACUACCAAACCUGCAUUGAUAGUUCCUAUACUGUUUCUUUUACAGCUUUGUUUCAUGAUUUACGUGUGUUUGUUUUUUUCUAGAGAGGGCCUUGUCAGCCGAGAGGAGAUCGUUGCCUAUUUCAUGCGGGCCAGUGUCAUCUGUUCCAAACUUGGCCUUGGUUUUGUCCACAACUUUCAGGAGACCACUUACAUGAAACCAACUUUCUGUGACAACUGCUCAGGAUUUGUAAGUCAGCUCACAAACUCGAGGGGAAGUUUACUUUAAGUUUGACACCUGCCUCAUGAUUUUCAGUGACGUUUUUUUCCUCUUUCGCAGCUGUGGGGUGUCAUCAAGCAAGGCUACAGAUGCAAAGGUAUAUUUUGCACUCAGUCUGGUCACUCUUUGACUUGUCUGUCUUUGGUUUGUUGUCAGUAUUAGGCUGUAUUACGGGGGAAAGCAUACACAGUGUUCAGUGGAGAGCAGGUAAAGUGAAGCUACUAGGAAGGUGCAGUGUGGUUUUCCGUGGUGCAUAUAGCAAGCUGAACUCUGCAGCACAUGAAAAAAAGAGUCUGCAGCCAGAACCACUGUCUUUCCCCCAUCCCCCACCCCUCAAAGGAUCUGAGAGCUAUUUGUUUGACAGUUAGCAUGCAAAGCUCUUUGAGCUGCAUUUGCAGAACUGAUAGUGUCAAAAAACAGUUUGUUGAAGUCAGUUUGUCAGUGGUAAACUGAUGUUAGUUCCUGUUUUGAUAUGAGGUGUACUUUCCUUUUAACCUGCUCAGAUUGUGGGAUGAACUGCCACAAGCUUUGCAAGGACCAGGUUGCAUUUGAGUGCAAGAAGAACGCCAAAGUGACCAACCCUGUUGACAGUCCGACACCAAGCUUGACGCCUGUCACUGCGGGCACUUCAGAGGGUGGGUUUAUGGUUGAAACAGAUAUUUAUCACACAGUCAAACUGAAUUAUUUUUACCCAUUUUUAUUCAAAGCAUGAAACGUGUGAAAAGUCAAUAUGCUCCUUCAAAAUAAUCUGCCAACUAAGGCAUGUUUACAUCCAUCAAGUCGAGGUUUUUCCUGUAAUCACUGUCUGCCAUCCUGUACACAAAAAUAUCAAAAGGUCACUGUUAAAAUGAUUUGGCUUUAAGACAACAUAUCUCUCACAUACCUCUCACACUGAGUGUAGGUUAGGGUGAUUUCCCUCCAGCUGUUAUGAGGAACUGUUUCACUUACAGUAAUACUGAAGCUGCCCACCUGCUGUGCGACGGCUGUUUCACUUUAACAUAAAAACACUUCCCAAAAACACAGGAGCUAUAUUAACUCAACUACUUUUCAGAUGACUUUUUGUCUGGUUUAUUUAGUGCGUUUCACAACACUCAACUGAGUGUAGUUGCAGUCAUGGAGGAGGAGAUGUUUCUUUUUCAAAACAUAUUUGCUUAAACAUCUGAAAGUGGAUCAGCAUGAUAAUAGACAGUCCUUAUCUUCAUUUUUCUCAAAUAAACAUCAAAUAUCUCUGCUUUAAUCUGAAGGUUCAGAGGAAUGUCCUUUCCCCUACCCAUCCGAUGAGAGCAAAGACUGGAGCCCAGAAUCCCCUGUCACCCCCCAUUUAAAACCUCAAACGGUCCACAGUGGCACCCAGACAGAGGGACCCCAGCUUUCCUAUGCAGCCCCUGAGGCUAGCCACACCCAGCCAUCCUUGCUGGUUCCAGCAGCCCCCACCCCCACCUCAUGCCCAAGCCCGGUGCCCCAGAGAAAACAGCGACACUGUGUCAAAUGGGAAAACAGAGCGUCUGUGGUGCCUAAGGAACCAGAGGAGGAGAGGAAGCCCACCUAUGAGUCUCUGGAAACAGUGAGUUUUGGGGAACGUCGUCAUUUUAAUGAGCCUUACAAAACGAUAGUGCUCAAAAGUACUUCAUGCCAUUUGUUCUUCAUCAUUUCCAGGACAACCAGAGGCUCCAGAAGGCCAAUGAGACACUACGUAGGAAGCUGAAGGAGGCCGAGCGGGAGGUGGAGAUUCUAAAGACACUGCUGAAGAGACAUGCUCUUCAUCCUGUGGAGGAGGACUCCUCUUCAUAAACACAUGCAGAAACAGAUCCUUACACUGGUCCCCUUGUGCAAACAGUUGACAGCUGCUGCCCCCCUAUGGCAGCAUGUACGUCUGUGGAUCUUGUGUGUGACAAAGAGGUCAGACAGAGUAGAAGUAGUUUUUCAGGCAUUGUGUUAUGACAUGGUUUAGAGUGGGUUACAAUGCACCCAGCCAAUAUUUAAAUGCUUCGACUACAAUGACAAUCAAACUAGGUCAACGAGUACGUCAAAUGUGGUGAGGUUAGAGAAAUUCAAAGGUGUCUAUGGAUUGAUUCGAGUGGCCAUGAUAAAACAUAAAAAAUAUGACAAAAAAUUAUCAGAUUAAGUUGUCAAAAAAAAAGAAAAUAACAUCAGUGGAUUUCUGCCACUAAUUGAAUGAAUCAUUCAGAGCAGCUGGAUUGAAUUUCUUGUGUUAAAAGUACACAAACAUAAAAAUGGUUAAAUGAAGGAUUGCAGUAUUUCAGAGUAAAUGAUGGGACUGAAUAUUGUUUGAAACCUAAAAUAAUCAUCAGGCUGCAGCUUUCAGGACUCAACUCUUUAUUCGACAGGUGGAUUGUUUUGUUUUUCUAUUGUCUAUUAUAAAGGCUCACUGUUUUUUGCAGCAGAACAAAGGUUGGAGGUCUACUGUUCCUGAUGUAAGAUGUUUUCAGCUAUUCUGUUUAUAUUUAUUUUCUUUCACACUACAAAUUCACAUGAGAGCAGCUUAAAUGAAGUUUUGUACAGUAAGCUGGUACUUUCAGUGAAUUAUUUAUGCUUGUAUUGGCAUCACAUCAAUACUCUUAAUUAUUGUAGCAGUGUUGUACUGUGAAGAGGCGUCAUUACACGUGUUUGUAAUGUGUGUAGUGUAAUGUAAAUACAAAGUAGACACAGUGCCAUUUCAGUUUUGUCAAAGUUCAGUCUUUCCCUCAGUAUUGUUCUGUUAUUGUCUCAAUAAAUACUGUCAAGCGUUUGCUUGCGUUACUCAGUCUAUCCACCAGGGGUCACUGGAGCCUUAUUUCUCCAUGUCUUGACCAUAACGAUGGCGUUUCAGCUCCUGAGGAUCUGUAGGAUAAGAGUUACACUUUAAUUAGCUAUAUGUGUGUGGCAAGAUUAAAUAAUAAAUAAGCUUAUAGUCUGAGGAAGACUGUUGUUUUACUGAAAAAAAAGAUACAACUAUUUAAGCACUGUCACAAGUGAAUUGAUCUUUGCAUACCUUUCGUUCAGUAUUGAUUCACUGAUUUGUGAAACUUCAACCUUUCAAUGAAGGUUGUGUCACCCUGUUGUCUUCAGACUGUGCCAAUCUACCCGGUCCCCUGGGCUCUGCUGCUGGUAAUGAGUCUAGCUCUAGAGUAGAUGCUGCCCUGCAGAUAAUGAGAGGGCAACUGUCUGCUGCUUGAGAAGCACAGAUCCAAACCGAGUGUCUAAUCCAUCCGUGUGCUCUGAGCUAAGCUACAUUCAGCAGGUGAGUUUACCCAGCCAUGUCCUGGCUGCUGUGAUUUAAUGUUCGCAUUUCUACACUUGUACUUCAUCCCCAGAUAAAGAAAGCCAUUUGCCCUUAAUUGUAUUGUGCAUCUUCAUUUCUUGCAGCGAUAAUGACUUGUUGCCUUGCUCUGGUUUGGCAAUGAGCAGAGACCCACUGUGCAAAAAAAAGAAAAGAAAAAAAAAAAAAAAACAAGAGUCUCUGAGGCAUUGCAGUGGCUCCCAAGCCUGGCCUGGGUGACAGCUAAUUUACUUCUAUUUGAAUGUGACACCCAGCUGCAAGGGAGUAACACCCCAAGUCUAGCAGGCUCCAUGCACACUAAUGCUGAAUAAUUUCCAAUAUCAUGGCUGGCUGAGAGAGAGUGAUAGAGAGAGAACAUGUGUUGAACCCCGAGGGAUGGCAGCCCGUGAAACGAGAACUGCAUGUACCCUGCAUGUUAAAACAGUCAUGAUAAAGAUUAAUUUAUCAGACUCAGAUAAAUAACCAACAAUGCAAAUAUAAUUAAAUGCGGUGCAUUUAAGCCUCUGGGACAUUGCAAGCUGACUGAUUCAGAGAAUAAUUCUGCUCUCCAUACAUUAAGAACCCAAUAUGACACACUUCAAAAGUCUGCAUAAUUAAAGCGUCAGACAGAGAUGAUUUAUCGCCCAGACAUCAGUUUGCUCGGGGAAUUGGGCCAAAGUGAGACACCCAUAAGUUCACUAAAUCUGCUAAGUCUAAUGAACACACUCCUGAAACUAAUUAGGUAAAGAUGUGGAGCAUCUCAUAAUGUCCCCCAUGAUAGCAAAGAGAACACAGCACAUUUAACACACGGCUGAUGCUCCUUUCAAACACAAGGAAAAACCACCAGAAAGAAAUCCUUCAGGGUACAGCCUGGCCACCGUCCAACCCAACUCCACUAAUUCCCCUGAUUAUUAAACUGAGUUCAUUAAGUUCUAAUGAUGGCCAAAGGAACUUGGUGGAGGAGCACAGAGAGAGAAAGCAACUGCUGUGGAGGUGGUGGGAAAAGGAGAGAAAGUGGAAUCUCUUUCUGGAGGUGGUUUGAAAAUUGUGUGAAGCCAUGGUGAAAUUUUUAAUUAACCUUGAUGAUAGCGGAGGAGUGUAACAAGAGACGGGCAGCAGCAGGAGUUUGCCAAAAGAAGCAUGAUUGCUCAGCUGCCUGUGUCUCUUUCUGGCCUUUAACAAUCAGGAAGUUUUAGCUCUACAGUGCAGACUAAAUCCAGCUCAGAGAACGGAGAAUGACGCCGAAAGCUGAAACAAGAAUAAUGAAUUUGAGGGUUGUGAAUAAAAGUUGACGCAAAGACACUUGUGUUUGCAUUUCUGGCCAUGACUUCCUCAGGAAAAGAGGCACUAUGCUUGCUUAAAGCAGUCUUUUGGUGCAGGAUUUUAGUUUCAAUGAGGAGGCUUCACAGUAGUUUCUCUAGCCGAGGCACCAGACAAUGAAACUUCUCUUGCAGCAGAAAUGGCCUCCAAAUUGGUUUGGCACAGAUAAAGAGUUUGGCUGCAUUCAAGGAAGCAGACUUAUCACCACUUGCAGCAUUUUAAAAGCUGAAUAGACGAACUGUUUCUGGUGAAU